CUCCAGAUUCUCCCCGGAUUUUCCCCGACUCCACCUGGACCAAUCACCUCGCGAGAGACCGACAAUCUUCGAAACGUAAUCGUUCGUCAUGGGGCUCGACUUCUUGGCAGACGGAGGUGCCGAUUUCGAGCAUGCAAUCACCGUAACAGGAUUUGGGAAAUUUCAUUACACGCUGCUAACGAUAUGCGGCCUAAUUUACAUGGACACCGCUAUAGGAGUUACGAUACUAUCGUUCGUGCUACCAGCAGCGCAAUGCGACUUACAGAUGGAUUCUACCUCGAAAGGAUGGUUAACCGCCUCUCCGAUGCUAGGUAUGGUGGUUGGUUCUUAUAUAUGGGGAUGCCUGGCUGAUACGAAAGGGAGAAAGAUCGUGUUAAUAAUUACGUUAUUGAUGGACGGUAUCGUCGGUGUUAUUUCCUCGUUUGUCCAAUAUUUUUGGAUCUUCCUGAUCUUUCGAUUUUUCAACGGAUUCGCCGUUACGGGAGCUAUGGGCAUUUGUUUUCCGUAUUUAGGGGAGUUCCAGCCGACAAAGUAUCGCGAAAGAUGCCUUUGUUGGAUGGAAAUGUUCUGGACAGUCGGAGUGAUACUAUUACCGUUGAUCGCUUGGCUGAUCAUACCGAUGGAUUUUGUAUACGUGUCGGACGUGUUUUACUUCAAGUCAUGGAAUCUCUUCGUGGCGCUGUGCGCUUUGCCCUCGAUAAUGUUGGGUCUCUGGUUGUUCGCGUUUCCGGAAAGUCCGAAAUUUCUGCUGGAAUGCGGCGAAACCGAAGCCGCCCUCGAAGUCUUCAAAUGGAUCUACGCGCAAAACACCGGCGAAAGCCCAGACUCCUAUCCGGUAAAAAGUUUGCAAGAGAAGACCAAGGACAAAAGCACGAGGUCCUUGAAGCUGCACAAGCGAAAGGAUUUGAAGGUUCUGAUGAAGGAAGUACAGGACUUAACAGCUGCUCUCUGCAAGUCGCCUUACCUUCGUAACACGCUGUUAGCGUGCGGCAUUCAAUUCGGUCUUACGAGCAGUUAUUAUACUCUUAUGGUUUGGUUCCCCGAACUCUUCACCAGGUUCGAAGAAUUCGAGCACGCGAACCCUGGUAAAACGACGUCGGUCUGCAUAGUCUCGGCGCUUCCGGAUAACGCGGUCCUCGCCGAUCCUUACGGAUGCAACACCGUCAUCGCGCCUUCCGUUUAUUUGCACACCGUCUACAUCGGAUUGGCUUGCAUUCCUGGCUCCAUCAUUCUGCCGAUAUUCGUGCACAAGCUCGGUGCAAAAUUCUUUCUAAUCGGAUCACUGUUGGUUUCCGCCGGAGUAACCGUUGCGUUUUAUUACGUUGUCAAUGCAACUCAGAACCUCGUACUAUCUUGCGUCUUCGAGGCUCUCACGUCCCUCGGCAUCUCGCUGGUUUAUUGCGUAAUCGUCGACAUGUUCCCGACGAAUCUCAGAGUGAUGGCUGCGGCCCUGUCUCUUACUAUGGGUCGAUUGGGUGCACUGGUCGGUAAUUUGCUGUUCGGCUAUCUCAUUGACCUGGCCUGUGUCGUUCCUAUCGUUUUGUUCGCGGCAUUUUUAUUCCUAUGUGGACUUAUGUCGUUCCUGUUGCCAAAAACGGGAAAAGAUACUCUCGAUUAAUCGAGCAACGACACCUUUUUCCUUUCCUAAGGAGAAACGGUACACGAAACGCGUAUUGAUUUCUCACUUUUCGCUACAAUUAGUAUUGCAAAAAACGAACAAAAGAAUAUUUAAACGUUUAAAUUCGAAUUAACGCGCGAAAAUUUCUGUACGUCGCGUGUUGUAUAGAUACAUAUAGGGAAAAGAGUGCGAAAACGACGAUCCUUUUUAUUUCGAGUUACGUGUAAGUAAAUUCGUGUAAAUAUAUAUUAUUUAUUUUGCGAACCUAGCUUAGGCACCGUGUCCUUUCACUUUACAACGAUCGAAUAUUCUUACGAAUGAAAAAAAUACACGUCGAAACAAGGUUAACUAUCUUCGAAAGACGCGCUAAAAUUUAUUUAAAGUACUUGAUAAAACGAUCUUUUAUUUGCACGCGCGAUAAACAGCAAAUAUAACGUACAUCCGAUUACGUUUCUACAUUCGUUCGCGAAAAAAAGAAGAAACUGUAUUUUUCGACCUAUCAAAUAAAUACGAUUUAAGAA